CACGCGUCUUUCAUUCCGUCCUAAUUUCCGUUUUGCCAAUCUCCUCCUCUCUUCUCGUCAACGGAAUAUUUUCUUUCAUUUUCCAGAUUCUGGAGUUCUCUGCGGGAGUAAAAAUUCAAAAUUGCUACUGAAUUAUUAUUCUCUCUUAUUAUGAUGAUUAUUUAUUUACUAUAGUGAAAGAAAAGAUAUGGGUUGCACCAGCUCGAAGCUCGAUGACUUGCCGGCGGUGUCCCUUUGCCGGGACCGGUGCUCCUUUCUCGACGAGACCAUCCACCAGCGCUUCGCCAUGGCCGAGGCUCACGUAGCUUAUGUUCACUCUCUUCAGUCUGUCGGCGCCUCUCUGCACCGUCUCUUCAGUCUGGAUCUCGACGAUCAUUCCUCCCCUGCAGCUGCCGACGACGACGACGACGGACCCACCUCCCCGGUUCACAAAGCCGGCAAGAAACAACACGCCGCCGAUGUUUAUCACCACCACUCCAGCUCCGGGUCACACCUUUGCAUCCACUCCGAUUCAGAUGAGGACGAAGAUUCCUCCCACUCGCCCUCUUUACACCACCAAUCGGAAUCCCCCCCGCCGGGUCAUUCCUAUGAGGAUCCGAGCACACCCUAUACUCAUUCCCCUCAAGCUUCGACUUCCGGCACGUUUACGCACAUGAAUUUCAUGCGGAACCAGUCCACGCCGUCGGUGACCUAUCAGCAACGGCCGAUGAGUGCCGAUACUGUGCGUAUGGAUGAUCUCUCUUCUUCCUACUACCCCUAUUACAACCCUAACCCCAAUCCCAAUCCCAAUUCCAGCCCCAACCAGUCUUUCUUCAGUUAUGCUACUACUGCUGCUGCUAGUUUCUUUGGUUCCUCGCAGCCAGGGCGAAGCUCCAGUUCCACAUCUCAGCCGGGUUACCAGGCGUGGGGGCCAUCAUCUGCGCCAUCCACUUCCAAGCAAGCUCCACCCCCUCCACCUCCCCCGACUGGCUCAGCUUGGGAUUUUUUGAACCCUUUUGAGAGUUUUGAUAAUUUCCACCGUCCGUUCUCGCCAAGCAGGAAUUCUAAGGAUGUCAGGGAAGAGGAGGGGAUUCCCGAAUUAGAAGAAGAUGAUGAUUCUGAGCAUGAGGUUGUGAAGAAAGUCCAAGUAGAUCACAAUUUCAUGGGUGGUGGUGGCGGUAGAAGGCCCGGCGGAAACAAAUCCGAGAAGGCUGCCGCCUCCUCAAAGAAGAAGAAUGACAAGCCAAGUGACUCGGAGUCGGUUUACAGGGGAGCUAGACCGAACUUAUCUGAUCCGGUUGAAUAUGAGGUUCAUGUGGUGGAUAAGAAAGUGGUUAAGGAGGAAGGGACAUCAGAGAAUCGCGACAGUGCAAGGGAAGGGUUCAAGGCUCGUGGCAGAUUCAAUGGAGACUCCGAUGUCAUGAGUGAGAUUCAGGUUCAAUUCCAACGAGCAUCUGAAUCUGGCAGCGAAAUGUCGAAGAUUCUUGAGGUUGGAAAGCUUCCCUACAACCGCAAACACGCUGCCUAUCAAGCUUCUUACAAGAUGUUGCAUGCGUUUACUCCUUCCUUGUCCGUGUUAUCGUCAAAACCUUCUACUUCAGAUGGCGCAGAGGGUGAUAUCUCUGAUCCUGCUUUAUUAGAUGUAGAAGGAGAAGUGAGUUCUUUAAGGCCCAGAAGUCUUUCUUCUACCUUGCAAAAGCUUUAUCUUUGGGAGAAGAAACUCUAUGAAGAAGUCAAGGUUGAGGAGAAAAUGAGGGUCCUUCAUGAGAGGAAAAGUUUAAGGUUGAAGCAACUAAGUGAAAAGGGUGCCGAGACUCAAAAAGUUGAUGUCACAAGAACUUUAGUUAGGAGCCUUUCAACAAAAAUCAGAAUUGCAAUUCAAAUUGUUGAUAAGAUUUCUGAGAAGAUAAGUAAAUUGAGGGAUGAAGAAUUGUGGCCACAAUUGAAUGACUUCAUACAUGGGUUAUCGAGAAUGUGGAAAUCCAUGCUUGAGUGCCAUCAAAUUCAGUACCAUGCGAUUAUGGAAGCAAAACGAUUAGAUUCCAUUGCACUUAACAAACAGUUUAGUGAUGCUCAUCUUGAAGCCACUUUGCACCUUGAGCACGAUCUUCUUAACUGGACUUUAAGAUUCUCUUGUUGGGUAAGUGCCCAAAGAGGUUAUAUCAGAGCGCUGAAUAAUUGGCUUAUGAAAUGUCUCCUUUACGUUCCUGAAGAAACAGAUGAUGGACCAGUUCCAUUCUCUCCUGGUAGGAUAGGUGCUCCCCCUGUGUUCGUUAUCUGUAAUCACUGGGCACAAUCAUUUGAAAGGGUUUCUGAGCAAGAAGUCAUAGACAGCAUGCGAGAUUUUGCCACAAACAUCCUUCACCUGUGGGAAAAAGAUAAGCUACAAAUGCGUAAUAGAAUGAUGGACAACAAGAAAAUGGAAAAAAAGAUAAAGAACCUUGAAAGGGAGGAUCAGAAGAUACAUAGAGAGAUGCAGGCAUUAGAAAAAAGGAUAUUAGUAUCAGCAGAGGAAAAUACCCUCUCAUUGAACACGCGUGCCAUUUACCAGAGCGAAACAAGCAAAAACAGUAGCCUUCAGGCUGGUCUUCAGCAUAUCUUUGAGGCCAUGGAGAGAUUUACUGCAAGCUGCUUGAAAGUGUACGAGGAGUUGUUGCAGCGCAUUGAAGAGGAUAAUCUUGCUCGACACCAUGACAGAGUGUCAUAACGAUAUAUGCCUUUGAAGAGGUUUCUGUUAACCUUGUGGGCUUCGGAGUAACUCCAGCAGAAGUUGCUACUGUUUUGAUCUGAGAGUGGAGAGGCCAAAUGGAGGGACCUGCCCUUGCCCUGCUAUACCAUGUGCUGCUGGCAGCUUGAUCGGUUUCUGCUUGCUUUUAUCAUCUGGAUUACUGGUUAUGGGGAGGGAAGGUGCAGUACAUUCUCCUCGGGCAUCAAUUGCGAGUUUACAAGCAGUGACGGGCGCACUACUGUGGGAGGGCCGGGGAAGGUUCUCGUCUGAGUUUUUUAGAACACAUGCAUCCUUUUGUCUCCCAGCCAGAUUACAGCUCCAUAACAGAAGCCCCCUGCCAAUUUUCCCUUCAUUUUUAUUUUUAAGUUUUCCCUUUAUCCUUGAGAGAUUAGAUUGACAAGUACAUAUCCUUAUGUUUUUUUGCGUGUGGUAUGCCUUGAAUUUGGUCGGUUACUGUAGUUGACAGGUUUUCUUUAGCUUUUUGAGUAGUAUAGAUUCAGUUUGUAAUUUAUUUCUGGCUUAUUUAACUUGUAUAGUUGCUUAAUUAGUUAACUGAUCCAUCUUUAAUAAUUUAUUUAUUAUGCUUCUGUAAUUUGAGUUGCAAAUUGCAAUGCUAUGUUUGUGAAGAGGAUCUUUGUUUACUAUGUUCAA